AUAUGGAUAAACAUGACAGCUUGGACCCAGUUUUUCCAGUGUCCAGAAUGGCAAAGCUAUCCAGUAAUGCAGGAGUCAAUGGGAAGGGGAUAAAUCACAAGGCAGAUUUGACGUCAGGGGAGUCGGGAGUCCCUGGUCUGGCCAAAAUCAGUGGAAUAUCUCUGAAUAAAAAUGGCUGAGAAGGUCCUAGUUACAGGAGGUGCUGGCUACAUAGGUAGUCACUGUGUGCUGGAGAUGAUCGAAGCUGGGUAUGAGCCCGUGGUGAUAGACAAUUAUCACAAUGCCAUUCGAGGGAGCAAUGGUCUACCAGAAAGUAUCCUGAGAGUGCAAGAGAUUGUUGGCAAGAAGAUUGAAUUUGAAGAAGUGGAUCUCCUGGAUCGAGCUGCACUAAACAGUUUGUUCAGCAAGCACAAGUUCUCUGCUGUUAUUCACUUUGCUGGCUUGAAGGCUGUUGGAGAAUCUGUGCAGAAACCCCUCUUGUAUUAUAAAGUAAACCUGACUGGCACUAUCCAGCUUCUGGAGGUCAUGAACUCCCAUGGAGUGAAGAAGAUAGUAUUCAGCAGCUCGGCCACAGUAUAUGGUGACCCCAAGUAUCUUCCUAUAGAUGAGAAGCACCAAGUUGGGGGAUGCACUAACGCCUAUGGAAGAACAAAGUAUUUUAUUGAAGAAAUGAUUCAGGAUCAGUGCAAGGCCGAGGGGGAAUGGCAUGCUAUUUUAUUAAGAUAUUUUAACCCUAUUGGAGCCCAUGUGUCUGGACGCAUUGGAGAAGACCCUCAAGGAAUUCCAAACAACCUGAUGCCAUAUGUUUCUCAGGUUGCUGUUGGAAGACGGGAAUAUCUGAAUGUAUUUGGAAAUGAUUAUAAUACACCUGAUGGAACUGGUGUUAGAGAUUAUAUUCACAUUGUGGAUCUGGCCAGAGGUCACAUUGCUGCUCUCAAGAAGCUGCAUGCCAGCAGCGGGUGUAAGGUAUUUAACCUGGGAACUGGAGUGGGAUAUUCUGUGCUUCAGAUGGUGGCUGCAAUGGAGAAAGCUUCAGGCAAAAAGGUCCCUUACAAAAUAGCACCAAGGAGAGAAGGUGACAUUGCAACCUGUUAUGCAGAUCCCGCUGUGGCUGCUGAAGAGCUGGGAUGGAAGGCAGAAUAUGAUCUGGACCGAAUGUGUGAGGAUUUGUGGCGGUGGCAAUCUUUAAAUCCAACAGGAUUUAGUAACAACUGAUGAGAAGCUCCGGACAGCCAUUUGUUAAUCAUUAAAGGGGCUGCCCCAUCUGGGACAUUUAUGGCAUAUCAAUAGGCUAUGCAAUAAAUAUCAGAUAGGAAUAGGUCCCAGAGUUGGGACCUACACCUAACUCCAGAACAGUUCCUAACUGAAUGAUGAGUAAACCACAUAUGCACAGCCAUCGUCCAUUCAGUGCUAUGGGACUGCUGAAUAUAGCCAAGCCAGCACUCAGCUAUUUUGAGAAGUCUUAAGUCCCAUAGCACUGAACGGAGGGUGGUCACACAUGUAUGGUUUGCGCGCUGUUCAUACUGGGCCCAUUCUAGAGAUAGGAGCCAGGACCUGCUCCUAUCUGACAUGUAUAGCAUAUGCCAUGCAUAUGACAUUAUAACUUAUAUAUUGAAGCUACAAAAUGAUAUCCUGUAUGAAUAUUAGACUGUCAUGAUUGAAAAUUGAGCCUGGACAUCUUCCAAUACUACGGUUCAGCAGCUAAUAAGUCACUCCUACCUCACAUGCAGAUAAUUUGUGCAAGCAUUAAAAGAUACUGGAAAGAGCUCUGCCCUUUGUACUUGUAAAACAAAUUACUAAUGUUUACAGCGAUAUUAACCAAAUGCAGAUUCUGGAGUGUUAAAUUCCUUAAUUUAUACUGUUUUAUUUUUUACACAUUAAAUGUUGAUUUGAA